CAAUUCUCCGCCUCUCUACCAUCUUCUCGAGAUCCUUUCGUAUUCAUAUCAUAUCCAUCUGCAUCCCUCCCCCCUUCUCAUUCUCAUUCUUCAUUUUCUUUUGGUCUUUUUGCAUUCCCUGGUUGGAUAUUUCCCAUUAAUUACUCCCAAUGCCUCCAAGAUCCUUCAAAAGGCUCGUGAUUGCGGCGAGCGGCACAUUUUCCGGAUACAAACAAGCCGACUUGAAGUCAAUUGUGGAAGGCCAUGGUGCUACUUUCACUUCUUCCGUCACAGCGGACUGCACCCACUUGAUCAUCACCGAAAAGGAAGUAGAGAAGAACGGCACCAAAUAUCAACAAGCUUGCAACCUGAAAAAAUGCGAGAUUGUAUCCAUCGAUUGGCUACUGGAGUCGAACAAGGCGAAGAAGCCGGUUUCGGAGAAGUCAUAUCAUUUUGGCGCAGCCAAUGGCACAGCGAAGGCAAAUGACAGUGCAGCUCCUGUGAAGGCGGAGAAAAAGAAACGAACGGCCAAGGUGGCACUAGAUGAGGAUGAGGAUGAGGAUGAUUCUAACAAGAAACCUAAAGCUGAUGUUGAGAAUGCGCAAAUGGCCACUUCAAAGACCGUUAAGGUCCCAGUUGAUGAGUCCUACAUCCCUAAUGAUGCCGCAUGGAAAGACCCAACGGUAUAUAUUGCCAAAUCUGGCCUGAUUUGGGAUGCUACUCUGAAUCAAACUGUCGCCGCUAAUAACAACAACAAAUUCUACCGCAUCCAGCUACUUGUUUCAAAAAAUGAUGACAAGUAUCAGGUUUGGGCCCGCUGGGGCAGAGUUGGCGAGAAUGGUCAGUCUGCGCAUCUGGGUGACGGCACUUUAGACGGCGCCAAAGCUGCAUUUGAGAAGAAAUUCAAGGAUAAAUCAGGUCUCGCAUGGAAAGACAGACUCAAUACCCCCAAGAACGGCAAAUAUACCUUUAUCGAGCGUAACUACGAAGAUAGUGAUGGUGAAGAGGAGGACGGAAAGGAUACCAAAACAGUUGGCAAGGCGUCGAAGCCGAUCCCUCGCAGCACCCUGCCCACUGCGAUUCAGAACCUCAUCAGCUUCAUAUUCAACCAGGACUACUUCCUUUCUACCAUGGCCAAUCUGUCCUAUGAUGCCAAAAAGUUGCCCUUGGGUAAACUGAGCAAGAGAACCCUCCAGACAGGUUUCGAGACUCUCAAGGAACUAGCAGAACUUGCAGCCACACCCAGUUUGGCAUCCACUCGAUAUGGCAUGCAGUUGCGCCCGGCUAUGGAACAGCUAAGCGACCGUUACUUCACCCUCAUCCCACACGUAUUUGGUCGCAACCGACCCCCCGUUCUAGACAGCGAGGUGUAUAUCAAGAAGGAGGUUGAGCUUCUUGAAGCUCUAACCGAUAUGGAGGUCGCCAACAGCAUCGUGAAAGACUCAAGCAAGAUCGUGGAUGUGAACCCUCUCGAUCGGCAAUUCCAAGGUUUGGGGCUGCAAGAGAUGACACAGUUGGACCACGAGUCUACCGAGUUCGUCGAACUCCAGAAAUACCUCUUUGAGACCCGUGGAUCCACUCACCACAUGAACUACCGCGUGAUCGAUAUCUUCCGAAUCGAGCGCCAAGGCGAACACGAGCGAUUCAAGUCAUCCCCAUACGCCAAUCUCCAGAAUAGCAAUCGCCACCUCCUUUGGCACGGUUCGCGUAGUACCAACUUCGGUGGUAUCCUCAGUCAGGGUCUCCGCAUCGCACCCCCAGAGGCCCCCGUCAGCGGAUACAUGUUCGGGAAAGGCGUCUACUUCGCCGACAUGUCCAGCAAAUCUGCCGGCUACUGCUGGUCCUCCAACAGUGGUCACAAGGGCCUGCUCAUGCUAUGCGAUGUCGAACUCGGCAACCCUAUGUUGGAGCUCUCCAACUCCGACUACCACGCCGGCGAGAACGCAAAGAAGAAGGGAAGCAUUUCUACCCUGGGUAAGGGUCGCAUGAUCCCUGGUGGCUGGAAGGAUGCAGGCUGCGUCCAUCCAGACCUUCAGGGCAUUCAAAUGCCUGAUCCGAAUAUCAAGACCACGAGCCGCGAAGGCAACGACGCAAACCUGCUGUACAACGAGUACAUCGUGUACGAUGUUGCGCAGAUCCGUCAGCGGUAUUUGUUCUACGUACAUAUGAUGUGGUGAAUAUGAACAUCAUCACCCCCUUCUUCUUUCCAACUUCUUCUUCCUCU